ACGUCAAUUUGCUUUUUCUUCAAACUAACAUCCGAAAGAGAAGAAGAAAAGGAGUUAUUGCAAAAACAUGGGAAGAAGAGAGGCUCGUGAACAGACGCCAUCGACCGCCUAAGCUCCACCGUCCUCCUCGAUUCUGAUUUUCUCGGGAAAUUUCAUUCUAUUCGCCUCCUCUUCUUGUCGGAGUAAGUGUCGGAAACCAUGUCGGACGCUCUGAUCAAUGGAUUGGCCGGAGCUGGCGGAGGCAUCAUUGCUCAGCUCCUCACUUAUCCUCUCCAAACUGUAAAUACGCGCCAACAGACGGAUAGGGAUCCGAAGAAGGAGAAGAGGAAACUCGGUACUGUUGAACACAUGUGCCAGGUUGUAAAACAAGAGGGGUGGGAGCGAUUAUAUGGUGGAUUGAUGCCAUCUCUCGUGGGAACGGCAGCUUCGCAGGGUGUCUACUACUACUUUUACCAAGUGUUCCGGAACCAGGCUGAAGCUGCUGCACUUCAGCUGAAGAAGAAAGGAUUAGGCGAUGGAUCGGUUGGGAUGCUCUCUUCACUUUUAGUUGCUGCUCUAGCCGGAUCGGCAAACGUGCUCAUGACAACUCCCAUAUGGGUGGUUGUUACGCGCAUGCAGACGCACAGAAAAGUGUCAAAAGAACAACAAAUUCUGUCUAUGUCACCUUCUUCCGAAGGAAAGGCUCUUGCUGCAGCAGACCCACGUCCAUUUGGGACCUUUAAUGCAAUUCAAGAGGUGUACGAUGAAGCUGGGGUUACUGGCUUCUGGAAAGGUGUAAUUCCAACAUUGAUAAUGGUUAGCAAUCCAUCAAUACAGUUUAUGUUGUAUGAGACAAUGUUGACAAAGCUGAAGAAAAAGCGGGCCUCCAAGGGUAGCAACAGUGUAACUGCGUUAGAGGUAUUUCUACUAGGGGCUCUUGCCAAACUGGGAGCUACGGUCGUAACUUAUCCUCUAUUGGUGGUAAAGUCGAGGCUUCAAGCCAAACAGGUGACAACAGGGGACAAAAGACAUCAGUACAAAGGGACGGUGGAUGCGAUCCUGAAGAUGAUCCGAUACGAAGGGCCUUACGGGUUUUACAAAGGGAUGAGCACGAAGAUCGUGCAGAGCGUUUUGGCGGCUGCCGUUCUGUUCAUGAUCAAGGAAGAGCUCGUGAAAGGGGCCUUGCUGUCCAAACGGAAGAAGAUCUAGCCAAAAAAAAAGUUAAGUCCUACGUACUAGCCAUAUUCUGAUCCUUUGAACUGAUAGAUUCAAAAACCGAAAUCUCAUCUACGUUAUUAUAGAAAGAUUGAAAAUAAUAAAGACGAACUUUAAAUGGUCAAUUUUUUUUUUUUUCUCAAAAUGAAUCUGUUUGCAUAAUCGUGUAUUCGUGGGAUCUUGUUUGAUCUAUUUGUCAGGAUUCAUGGAUUUGAGAUGUGUUAUAUUAGAUCAGAUCACUGGCAAAAUGAAGUAUUUAUUCUGUUUUGUUUU